AUGGCUGGCGGGGUUGGAACUCUUUGAUACAUUCCAGAGGAAUACAAAGACAAAUUUAUCUCAUGUGAGGAUGCACUAGGAACGUUACUGGAGGUUUCUAAGGCUCCAUUAAAAAACAAAAACAAAAAACCCACUGUAGUAAACAAUCAGACCUCUUGGCUCUGCUUCCAGACCUGUUAUGUCGUCAAAAUACCAACCCCUACCAGAAGUUGUGAGCACCAAAGGGUGAAACACCCUGAAAAUAUGCUUCAACAACAAAAUAUCUUAAAACCAGAAGACAUUCUUUUUAAGACCUUGGGUUUCAGUGUUGUGAGCAACUCACUGAUUUCUGCAGGAAGAGGUGUCUUCAUCGCUGAAGGACUGGUACCAAAGGAACAUUUUAUAUGUGGCUAUGUCUUAACCUUGUUAAAUAAUACAGUGUGUCAGAAAUAAGAGCCAAUCUUUGUCCAGUCCGUUGGAACAUUUAUUUUUAGAUACUUGGAUGGGAUACUCAUUGAUGGAAAUGACAAAGGAAUAUAAAAGCUGUCUAAUGCUUUCGACUGUUCUAGAUCUUGCAAUGGGAGAGAUCGGCUUGGCUCUUUAAGAAUGAGUGACAGUUCAUGGUUAACAUCAGAAAUUCACAAUCCACCGGCUAUAGGACAGUAUGUCAACAACCAUUCAAACACUAAGUUGGCAUGCUGGGACUUCUGA